GUCGAUCUAUGAAGGCCAGUGGAAUCGGCCGACUCUUAGUCACCAUCUUGGAAGCCACUGAGCUCAGAUCAACGAAACCCAACGGGAAGAGUAACUGUUACUGUGAAGUGACCAUGGGAUCUCAAACCUUCACAUCCAGGACGCUCAACGAAACCCUGAACCCCAAGUGGAACUUCAGCUGCCAGUUUCACAUCAAGGACCUUUACCAAGAUGUCCUCUGCAUCACCGUCAAUGAAAAGGACCAGUUUUCUCCUGACG